UUUUCUCUUUUUUUUCCUAGCAUAAAAUCAUCAACGACCAAAUAAAACAGAAAAAAAAAAAGACCCCACCACCACCUCCACUCGGACCUCCCUCUCAUAAACCCUAACAAACCCCCUCCCGCCACUCCUUUUCUCUGCCUGCCAGUUCUCACCAAAUUCUUCCCCGACCCCUGACCCGUGCGCCGCCGCACCAAAUCAAGCUCCUGCCCUAAUAGACCGGUUACACUGUGGAGGGAUUGUGCUGAAUAACUGUGCUUGUUGUUGAAGUGUUCGGAGGGUUUUAUCUAUUGGCAUUGAGUAUAUAUAAAAGAAUAUAGGAACAAAGAGAGGGGAAAUGGAGAUAGACUUAGGAAAAGUUCCGUUUACCAUGGAUUUCCAUCCUUCAGAUAAUCUAGUGACUGCAGGUCUGAUCACUGGCGACCUUCACCUAUACCGUUUCAAUGCUGAUUCCUCGCCACAAAGAUUGUUGGAAAUUCAUGCUCAUAGUGAGUCUUGUAGAGCUGCUAGAUUCAUCAAUGAUGGACAAGCAAUUAUCACGGGUUCUAGUGAUCGCUCCAUUCUGGCAACUGAUUUAGAAACUGGGUCACCAAUCGCUCGUCUUGAAAAUGCUCACGAGGAUGCCAUCUUUAGUUUGAUAAACCUCACAGAGUCAACCAUUGCAACUGGGGAUGAUCAAGGAUGUAUUAAGGUAUGGGAUACCAGGCAACGCUCUUGCUGCAAUUCUUUUAAUGCCCAUGAAGACUAUGUUUCAGAUAUGACCUUUGCAUCUGAUUCCAUGAAACUGUUGUCAACAAGUGGAGAUGGGACCCUUUCUGUUUGCAGCCUUCGCAGUAAUAAAAUCCAAUCUCAAUCUGAAUUUUCUGAAGAAGAGCUAUUGUCUGUUGUUAUUAUGAAGAAUGGUCGGAAAGUUAUAUGUGGUUCACAAAAUGGAACACUGCUAUUGUAUUCAUGGGGCUUUUUCAAGGAUUGCAGUGAUCGCUUUACUGGUCUUUCCCCAAACUCCAUUGAUUCUUUGUUGAAGCUUGAUGAAGACAGGGUCAUUACUGGAUCUGAGAAUGGACUUAUAAGUCUGCUAGGCAUAUUACCUAAUAGAAUCAUCCAGCCGCUUGCUGAACAUUCAGAGUAUCCUAUUGAGCAUCUUGCCUUUUCUCAUGACAGAAAGUUUCUUGGCAGUAUAUCACAUGAUCAAGUGUUGAAGAUGUGGGAUUUGGAUGAUCUGUUGCAAAAUUCUGUAAAUGCUCAAAAUGAUCAAGCUGCUGUAUCAGACAGCGAUAGCGAUGAGAUGGAUGUGGAUACUAAACCUCCAAAGUCUAGAAAAGGAGCCAAGAGAAAAAAUGAGAAUGCUAAUGGCGCUGCAAGUAGUUUUUUUGCAGAUCUAUAAUUGGAUGGUGGUAUUUCUUGUUGCAUAUUUACUGUCUCUCUGUCAGUCUUUUUCAGUAUGGAUAUACUUAUUUCUUCUUCCAUGGAGUUCUGGACUGGUUAAAGAGAUGAAGCAGGGAUGAUUACUUUGCAGACACAAUGUAGGUUUGAUUUUGAUACAUGCUUAUUUUUUUCCUCAUCUAAAGCAUAUAGGAGACUUGCAGGUUUUGUUUGAGAUGAUUUUUUCUAUAUCCAUUGACGCAACAUGUAAAUUAUAGUUGAAGGUUAGCUAUCCAUUAAUGAUGGGAUGAUUGUAAAAGCAGAGAUCAUUCCCUACCGGAUUCCAUUGCACACUGCUGUUUAACUUGUAAGUGAUUGGCAAAAGCUGAUAAUGAAACAAGUAUGUCUUCCUCGGUUAAAA